CUUCAGGUAAAGAUCUCGGUUCAGUUGAUUUUGCAAUUCCGGCACCUCGACUUCCAUAGGGUCCAUCUUCGAAUGUUUUCCUCCCAUGGCGGUUUGGAUUGGUCGGUCGAAUAAAACUUGGCAAUCCGCCCGACAACAUUUAAUAAUAAUGUGGCCUACCGUCAAGAUAAAUAUGAUGUUGGUACAGGAGUAGUCGAUUUUGCAGUGGAGUCUGAGGCGUCUCUCUCUGACCGCCUGGGUCAAAAGGGCCGCAUUUAAAUGACCGAUGUGACCGUCGUUGAGAAAUGUGUGACAACAAAAAGCAAAGAUCGCAAAAGUUCGUAAAUGGAGUGGGUUGCACCCAACCUAUGGUGCACAGCAUCAAUGGUGGUACCGCUACCAAUAGUAGUAGUAAUUACAUUUCUCUGGAACAGAGUAUGGAAAUUAUCAACCAACAGCGUCAAGAAAUCUAUGAACUGAGAUCCCAGCUAAACUUAGUUAUGAAUGAAAGAGACAUGUUGCUCAGUGAAAUUAGUCGCCUUAAAUUUGAUAUUGAACUGUACGAUCAAAGAACGACAUUACAGGACACUAGGGAGGAUAAAUAUGACAAAAGCAAUAAUAGAAAUUUUCUAAAUCAAUGUGAUCAAUAUAAUCACUGGACUGAUACCAUUACCAAAAAUAAUAUUGUUCAACCAGAACCGUUUCAUACGACUGCAUCAUAUGAACUGUCGCAAGAUUUAAUAGAGAAACAGAUUGAAUUGCUUGAGAGGAAAUAUGGUGGAGACAGAGCAAGACAAGCUGCAUUAGUCAUACAAAGAGCGUUCCGUCAUUACAUGUUGGUUAAAAAGUUUGCUCAUAUCACUGCCAUGGCAAAAGCUGAAAAAAGGUUGAGCAAACGAUUGGAAGAAACUCAAAGUUUGCGAUCUCAUGAUAGUCAGUUCAGCAUUCGAUCAGGGUCUCUAAGAGAAAAGAAGUCUGGUUAUUCACCGACAAAAUGUAAUUCUCUUCCACGAUCUCGUUCCGGACGUUGUGAUUUAAACUAUUAUUACGAUUUAGAGUCUUCUUGUUCUCACUAUUAUUCACAUAACUAUAGCUAUAAUAAUAUGAAAGAAGAUAUUUCUAGUCAAAUGUCGCGUCAUCAGAGAAUGCCAAACUAUCUGUGUUCUAGCAGUCACUGUGAUUCCGAUUUGUAUGGACAAGAGAGUUGCAACCAAUAUGCUACCAAUAUGUCUCCAUCGUCGUGUGUGUACAACGUAAAUUCAGUUGUGUACGCUUCGAAUAUUUCAAAGAAUAAAGUUCCUCCUGAAGUUCCAAAACGAACUUCGUCAAUAUCUUUUCGUUCACUACGUGACCAACAUCAAAAUUUACCCUCUAACACUAUCAACAAAAUGUCUGAUAGCGGUAGCUUAUCGAGUGUACAAUCUUCAGGCAGCGAUGGAAGCCUUUCUAGUCAAUCACAUACCAUUAACCAAACUAAUUCUUCAGUCGAUUCUUCAAUGUUGUCAAAUUCCAUUGUGUCCUGGAAUAAAAAAUCGCAGGUAUCUGAUGUGAUAAGAAAGCGUCAAUAUCGUAUUGGACUCAACCUGUUCAACAAAAAACCAUCCAAAGGAAUUAUAUACCUUGUAUGUAAAGGAUUCUUAGACAAUUCUCCACACGCUGUAGCGAGAUUCUUAAUAUCAAGAAAAGGUUUGAGCAAACAAAUGAUAGGAGAGUACUUGGGCGAUUUACAAAAUCCAUUCAAUGCUGCUGUCUUGGAAUAUUUUGCUCAAGAAAUAGACCUCUCUGGUAUGCAAGUAGACGUUGCUUUGCGAAAAUUUCAAGCGUUUUUCCGAAUGCCUGGCGAAGCCCAAAAAAUUGAAAGACUCAUUGAAGUGUUCAGUCAUAGAUAUUGCCACUGCAAUAGAGACGUUGUUGCAAGGUUGAGAAAUUUAGACACGGUUUUUAUCUUAGCAUUUGCGAUCAUAAUGCUUAAUACGGAUUUACACACUCCAAACUUAAAACCUGAACGUCGAAUGAAGAUGAAUGACUUCAUAAAAAAUUUAAGAGGCAUUGAUGAUUGUGGAGAUAUUGACCGUGAUAUGCUAGUCGGAAUUUAUGAAAGAAUAAAAACCAAUGAGUUUAAACCAGGGUCAGAUCACGUUACUCAAGUCAUGAAAGUACAGUCAACCAUAGUUGGAAAAAAACCAAAUUUGGCGUUACCCCAUCGUCGGUUAGUAUGUUAUUGUAGAUUGUAUGAAGUCAUAGAUAUUUAUAAAAAAGAACGCCCUGGUGUUCAUCAAAGGGAAGUUUUUCUAUUUAACGAUCUUCUAGUCAUCACCAAAAUUCUCUCCAAAAAGAAAAAUUCAGUCACUUAUACUUUCCGCCAAAGUUUCCCAUUGAAUGGUUUAACAGUUUCUUUGUUUCAAUUGCCUCAUUAUCAAUUUGGUAUUAAACUCUCUCAGCGGCUCGAUAAUCAUUUAUUGAUUACGUUCAAUGCACGAAACGAUCAUGAUCGUUGUAAGUUUGUUGAAGAUAUCCGUGAAUCUAUCUGUGAAAUGGAUGAAAUGGAAAAUUUAAGAAUCGAAUCUGAACUUGAACGUCAUAGGCAUGGUCAUAAUAAUAGGUCGGGCAAUAGUAACUCAGACAACCGAGAUAGUGGAGUUGCAGAUAUUGAUUUAGGCCCUUUACCUUCACCGCCUAUGCGUAGCUCUAAACAAAAUCCAGAUGAUUCAUUUGGUAAUCUUCAGACAAAACAGACUACACCUAAGCGUGCGGCAUUAACUGUCACAUAAAAAAGAAAUUAUUCUAAAGAACGUUACCAUUUUACAAUGAAAAAAAAUGUUGGCUUCCUCAAUAAAGAAGACAAUUAAUAACAAGCCAUUUAUUGUAUUUCUAUAGAACUUGAGAAAAUUUUUUAACUUUCUAGUAAUUUAUAAAAUAUAUUUUUUUUAAUUCCUUAAAUAGAUUUUUGGGGUUCAGUUAUUGAUGUCAAUAUAUGUCUUGUUACUCGGAUGAAAGUAUGUCUUCUUGAUUGAGGAUGUUAAAAAUACAUAAUUUUAUUUAGCACAUGUAUUUUCACACUUUUUUUUUAUGACACAUUAUAUUAUAUAUACUUGUAUUACAUAAUUUAUUCUUUCUACGGCUUUAUGUCACAUUAAGUAACUAUGGUAAUACUAUUUAUACUUCCAUAUAU